AUGGUCUCGGAGAAAGAUCAGGAAGUUGAAGAAGUCGUAUCUGGUAUAUCUAACGGACAAAUAGCACUUCUUGACAUCGUAAAAGCUCUCGGAGAGUAUUUGACUUCAGAGGAAGAUAGUCUGCGCACGAAAGGCGUGAAUUUCCUUUCUUCUGUGGUAGGAACAUAUCCUCCCGAUAAGCUAAAUCGUCAAGCAGUGCGAGUUCUAGUGGCAUUCUAUCGCAGUAAACUGGAAGAUACGGAAACGAUUACUCCCGCUCUGAAAGGACUCUCGUUUCUUGUCAAAUCACCAGCUUGCAAUUCAACCGAUGCGCUCGACAUACUCUCGUCCAUCUUUGCACAUGUUAAGAUGAAUGUGCUUGUGCAGUCUACCAGGUUUUUUGUAUUUUCAGUCGUGGACACGCUCCUUGCCAAUCACCGUGAUGCACUCAAGGACAUGGGAAAACCGUUCUUUUCCGGUUAUAUCGGUUUGGCGGAGGGAGAAAAGGACCCUCGAAACCUCCUGAUAGCUUUUACCAUCGCACGAGUGUUAUUAACAGAAUUCGACUUACAUGGACAAGAAGAGGACUUCUUCAACAUCACCUUUUGCUACUUCCCUAUCACAUUUCGACCCCCACCCAACGACCCAUAUAGUAUAAGUACGGAUGAUUUACGGAGAGCCCUUCGCGGGUGCUUGUCUGCUACCCGUACGUUUGGGCCACUAGGGAUCCCUCUCUUCCUUGAGAAAUUGACUGCAGGCUCUCCCACAACCAAGAGAGACACUAUGCAGACAAUGUCAUACUGCCUCCCAUCAUAUGGUGCAGAUGUAGCUCGUAGUUGGGCCCUUAAAAUGUGGAGUUCACUAAAGCUGGAGAUUUUCCAACCAACCGAUCCGCUGACCGAGAAGGAAGCAUUGGAGGCGUUGCAAGCUGUCAUCAGAGUCAUAUAUGGGAACGACGUUGAUGGAGACGGUGAAGGCGAAAGCGAAAGCAUACAGGGACUCGCCAAGCAAAUCUGUGAAGAAUGUCUGCGAAUUUUGAGAGAGCCGGAAAAAAGUCAAGCAAAGCCAGCUAUCAAAGUUAUCUGUUCAUUCAUUGUUACUACGCCGACCGUCUCACGAUAUACUGUAUCUCGGACACUUACACACCUUGUGAACCUUUUCAAUAAUCCCGACGAGCGAUCAAAUAGGCCUGCUGUCACUGCGUUGUUAUCGGAUGUUCUAGCCGCAGCUCAAGACUCCAAGAAGACAGCUUCUGCUUCAAAUUUCGAGAUCAAUACUCCGUUGAUGUCCUCGAAAGAUGGAUUGCUCGCGGUGCUUAGUGUGGCUUUGAAAACACCAGCAUCAUGUCGACCUGCUCUCUGUGGCCUCAAGAACAUGGUGCUUCUCGAUUUGCUCACUGACGAAGAGCUUGGAUUCGUUGUGCUUAAUGCCAAUGAUCUUCUACAAUCUGAUUCCAAUGAGUUCGACGACACUAGCGACGAUACUUUAGAUUUGCUUUCCACGAUCUCUGCCAUAGCAUCGCAUCACGUCAAGGAGCAAACGCUUCCCCUUUUGUUCAGCUCUUUACCUGACCAAGCUCCUCCUCGAGCCGCAAAUGCUGAACGGGUUAAGAACUGGCGAACGCUCUCUGCACUCACCAAACUGUGUUCCCAACAGGAGCUAUUUGAAAUUCUCGUCAUCCGUCUAUCCACUAAGCUUGAUUUGAUUUGUACAUCUCAAGUGACUCCGAAGGAAGGGGAUGCCGAUCAAGAAACCGUCACAGCUUACGCUCACUCGAUCUUGACGGCCAUCGUUAACACACUAACGGUCAAAGUAAACGGACAGCAUGCUGAUGUAGCAAAAUACGUUGACCGUUUACUUCCCCGCAUCUACAACCUCUUCGUCUAUGCUGCAUUGGUGAACGCUGAGACUUCUUUCAUGUCGGAUCCACGAGUGAUACGGGUUGCCGCUCGCGUAAUCUCCCUAAUAGUGGAGACGCUUACUCCUCAGAGACAGGAGCGUUUUGCUUCAGCAGUUUUCUCUGCAUAUCUAACUGGGGACGUCAAGGCGGUCGCAGAAGGUCACCAACCCAUUCCUGCUGUCCCAAAAUUCGAGCCAUUUUCACCAGAAGCGAAUGAAUUACAAAGGAACACAGUCUUCCUGCUGUCGGCAGGUAUCACCCCUUUACGAAAAGAAGUUCCCAUCCCAGUCCCAGAUCUCAGCGCAUUUUUAGACAAGUUGAUCGCGUGGAAUAUUUCGUCGAGCACUUUAUUGCAGAAAGAAGCUGCAUGGCAUAUUGUGUCAUCUAUCGUGAACAAGCGAUCAGAAGACGUAUCUCCCUUUUUGGAUAGCCAGUUGAACCAACAUUGGUCGGUAGCCAUUGAAAAUCGCGAAAUACCGUCAGACCUGCGACGACACACACUCAUCUCUUGGACUUGGAUAUCAAAAGCCCUUCUUAUUCGAAAUCAUCCGCGCGUCGACAAUUUUAUCGAUUGUCUGUUUUCAUUAUUUGUGGACGAGGCUAUCAACUGGGAUGCUGGUAGGGCUAUAGGAGAGCUCUGCGGCGGUGACCAGCUGUUGUCCAAGCGGAAUCAUUGUGUCGUUAGGAUAUUGUAUGCCCAGAAAUUUUUCGUCCGCAUCCUUCCCCGGCUUAUUGAAAGUGCCAAGGCAUCGGAAGCUUCCCCAAGUCAGGUCGCGAGUUUAGUGGCUAUCACAUACCUGCUCAAAUCCGUGCCGAAAGAAGUGUAUAUCGGUGAAUUAUCUUCCCUCAUGCCUUUGCUUAUUCGCUGCCUUGAUCUACCGGAUCCUGACGUUCGGUCCAACGUAAUUAAUUGCCUUGAUGCGGUCCUGGAAGGGACUUCCAAGGACGUAGAAGCCGUGUCUGAAUAUGCGUCAACUAUAGUCUCGACAGUGCUAAAGAAUUGUAUGCGAGACCAGAUGCCAGACUUUAAGGUCCGAGUUGCCGCACUGCGCUACCUGGGUCGUUUGCCGGAGGUUGUGCGCUAUGACAUAUUGCACCCAUACAAGCCAACUGUCCUUAAGGAACUGGCAAAGGUGCUCGAUGAUCCUAAACGAUCAGUUCGAAAAGAAGCGGUAGAUGCAAGAACUAGCUGGUUCAAAUAUAACGGUUGAACGAGGGCUGAUAGAGACGUGUGGUUGAGAUUGACAUUUGCAUCUAGAGAAUCUAGAGAAGUAUAGGACACAGUGCUGCAUGAUCUCACAUGGCAGCACGCCUUCUUACAUGGUAUUACAAUGUGACCGUAGGAAGAUAAAAUGUGUAAUUAGAUAUGUUUGAAACAACUACAUGGUAUAAAAAAAGGAAGGGAGAUGCAACGGUCCACAGGUAAUAAGAUGCACUCGAAAUCCAGACUCAAGACAGGAGCGAGAGAUCAUAUGAUAGAUGCAACCAUGGCUAUUUCGCCAUUAUAGCUUGAGUUUUAAGACCAGCUUCUUUCAGAGCCGUCUCAAAAGCACGUAAAUGCAUAUCAACCAGCUUUCUACCAUCUUCCCUUUUUGAUGGACGGGACCGUGAAGGAGUUCCAUCUUGUACGUCUUUAUCUGCGAUUCCAGCCUCCCAUCUCUCGAUCUUUACUCUACUUCUUUCUGCAUUAUCCUGAUCAGUUCGCCACCCUCCAAGUUUAUUCUUCAGAGCACGGAUUUUACGACCGGCUUCAGUGGUAGCAGCUCCAUUGACCUGUGCAUGUUCUGAGAUAACCGUCAAUGAAGAAACCAAAGAGGUGGUGAAGGUGCGUAGGUCGGCAAGUUGAGGUAUGGUAUUU